GGUUUUUGUGUUUUUGUUUUGCUUGCCUGUUUUCGUUACAUUAAUUUAUUUCAGUGGGCAGUAAUUAAUAGAAAUUAAUGUAGAUUAGUGUAGAUUGACACUGUAUACUGUAAAUCGCAGUUUCACAGCACGCGGUGGUACAAUUUUUGUGAAAUACUAGUUCACGACUACAUGACGCGGAUGGGUGUAGAGAACACUUCAAAAGUGUGAUAAAUCCUUGUGUAUUGUGUGGUGUAUUGUUAAAAGCUGCCUGAAGCAUGUCCCAAUCUAGGAUUCCGUCUCCAGCCCGGUCGCAGGGGGCCCCAAUAACUCCUCGGAGAUACAAAUCUCGAACACGCAGCGUUGGCUCACCUGCUCGGUCUACCACCUCAGUGAGGCUGUCUGCAUUAGCCCAGUUUAAAGAAAACAAUAAGGACUCGUUUGUUCUGUCUCCAGCGCCCAGCAGACGGUCUGUGUUGAAUGAUGACACUGAUAUUGAGGAACCUAGACGUAGGAGCUGGUGGAGGAAACUGAACGAUAACUCCAGGGAUGUCAUGGAGGUUCUAAAUGAUAAUAAAGUUUUGGAGACAAAUGAAGCGGUUGAAGAGUACAUUGAUAUUGAAGUUUUGAGCCAAGAAAAAAAAAACUACACAUUAGAUCUUCCAGACAGUAGCGAUAGUGAAUCCAUCAGCAGCAUAGUCAUCCCUCAAAGGAAACUCUUUACACAGAAAGAUCAAGCUCAAAACAAAUUCGGCCAACUUAUCGGUACUAGAGAGACUCUAGCAAAGCUUCACAAAUCAACUGCAGCUGACAAAACAGUCAAUGUACCACCAAAAAACCUUUUUGGUCAAGGAACGAGGCCUAAGUCAAAACCGGUAUUUCCUGCUGCAUUGCUAAACUUGUCUUCAAACAAAACAGUUAAUAAAACCAAAGAAAAUGUCGCUGCGGAAGUCAAAGGACAGGUCAGAAGUCUCUUCGGCAACCGGGCUGGGACCAAGCGUAAGAAUAUGUUUGCUGACUUCAUUGUGUCCGAGAGUGAAGAUGAAAUAUCUGAAAUACAACCCAAAGUGUUUGGAUUUCCAAAGAAACCGGACACGAGACGUGACAGUGCCACUUCGCGAGGAAAACGCGAGCAUUCGCCUACUUCUAGUAUUACAACUGACAUUGAAAUGGAGGAGUGGAAAAUGCUUCCAUCUUCUACCAUGGUCGAAAACCAGUUGGAGGAUAUGAUGGCCGCAGCUAAAACUCCAGUUAAAAGACCAAGAUUGAGUAAAUUGCCUGACAUUAAAGAAACUGAAACUAAAAGUACUGUUGAGCAAAUUGAAAAGGAACCAUCUGACGAAGAGCAAGAACUGAAAUAUGAUGAUGAAGAUGAUAAAAGUGAAGUAAUUCAUGAACAGCAAAUGCAAGAUCAACGUGAAGUUGAUGAUAAUGAGCAUGAUGGCAUCCAAACCAAUAUUACAAUCCAAAGCACUACAAAUAAGAUUACUGAAGGAAAAGAAAAGACAAUGGGCAUGAAUGAAGAAGACAAACAAAAUAAAAGCCACGCUACGUCACGAAAUGUAAGCAAAGUGAAAGAUAAAAACGUAAAUCAGAGCAAAAUACCCAGUGUAAAUCAACAAAAUAAUGUUAGCCAGCAUAAAAUGAGUCCAGAAAAGGAACAAGAUGUAGAAAUGGAAGUUGAACUAACACAGAAAAAAGAUAAUAACACUGUUGUCAAAAACAAAAGCUACAGAGACUCAAAUUCUCUGCAAAAAGAUAAGGCUGAUCAAAGCAAGGCCCAAAAUAAUGAUGACGUCGCCAAUGUUGAUCAAGUUGACAAUUGUGAUGAAGGUAAUGACCAAAACAAAAGUAAGAAUAAUCAUAAUGUAAGCUUAAAACAAAAUAGAGAUAUUAGUCAAGUUAAGUCUAAUACAAGCCAAGAAAAAGGAAAUGACAAAGAAGCGAUUGCAGCAAAUGCAAGUGACAAUCUUGAUCAAGAUGAACAAGAGGAACUAAAUGAAAACGUUGAUGAAGAAAUACAAGAAGAAAAUGAAGAUCAGAUUCAAAAUGACAUAGAAGAACAAGCAAGUGAAUCGAAAGAACCAGAAAACGACUCUGAAGAACAGAAUGAGGAUGUUGAAUUACAAAAUCAAAGCGAAAUCAUUAAACAAGACGAAGAUCACGAAGUUAGUAUGGCACAAGAAAGUGAGACAGAACAAAACAAAGACGAAAUGGAUGUCCAAAAUGACAGUCUAGUACAAAAUCAUGAAGAUUGUGAAAAUAACGCACAUAAUGAAAGUGCAGCGGAAGACCAAAAUCAAAGCGUACCUGAAGUACAAUCUGAGCAAGAAGAAGAAGUACAGGACAGCGAGCAAGAAGACGAAGAAAAUCAAGAAGAUAAUGAAGUUGAAAAUGAGAGUUCAGCCGAAGAUCAAGAUAAUGAAGUUGAAAAUCAGAGUGAAAUAGAAGAGGAUGAUGAUAGAAAUGCCAGUGACGCAGAAAUGGAACAAGUCAGUGCUGUACAAGACGAAAACGACAUGGAAGACGAAGAUGGAAUCAACGAAAGCGCUGAAGUACAAAAUGAAGAGGAUGCUGAAGAAAACGAAAGCGAUAACGAACAAAACGAUGAUGAAGAAGAAGUAAACGAAAGUGCUGAAGUUAAUGAUUCAGAAGAAGAUCAAAAUGAAAGUGCUGAAGUAAAUGAAAUGGAAGAUCAAAAUGAAAGUGCCGAAGUAAAUGAUACGGAAGAAGAGCAAAAUGAAAGUGCCGAAGUAAAUGAUACGGAAGAAGAUCAAAAUGAAAGCGCUGAAGUACAAAAUGAUGACGAAGAAGAAGAUGCGCAAAACGAAAGCGCCGAAAUGGAUAAUGACAUUGACAAUGACGCUCAAAACGAAAGCGAACAUCAAGAAAACGAGGACUCCAAUGACCAACAACAAUCUGACUACGAAGCACCCAACGACUCACACGACACAACCGGCCGCCACAGAAAGAAGAAAGAUACCAAUGUUAAUUCACCCGAAGCAAUUUUACAUGACAAAACGAACCAACUGGAAUCGUUUACAGCGCAAGGCCGCAACACAAGUGUAAGAAAAACCACUAUGCUGAAAAAUAUGACUAUAAGACCAAGUCUGGCCCCACCUAGAGAAAGCACGGGAAUAUCUGAUGGAACAACCAAUUCGAGCGCAGAAGGAUCAGGGUGGGACUCCCAUAGAACCACUAGGAAGACGCUCCGUCAAACUUUCGGCAGAGACUUCACUCCUAGAAAAUCCUUACGCGCUUUGGUCAUGGAGAAAUCGGCCAAGCGACAAACGGCGAUAAGUGAAGUGACUGCUAAGUUCCCUCAAGCUAACUCCACAGAACUCCAGCUACCUGAAGCGUCGAUGGUUCCUGAUGAUUGUGAGAUGACAGUAGAAGAAGACAGACAGGAAUCCAAUCAUGACGUGUCGAAGCGAACAAGACAGACCACGUUGGAAAUGUAUUUGCAGAAAAUUAAAAUGCAAAACAUGGAACGGAACUUAAAAAUGCAAGAAGCAGUAAGGAAUUCUCUAAAAGCGCCCACAACAGAUGUCCUGAACCCUUUCAAAGUGCCAGCUAGGCCGAUGUUCUCCUCACGAAAGCCUAACAAAGCGGCCAGCAAGCCUAAAGCCAAGCCAGUGAAGUCUGCCCUGAUACCAUUGGACGAUCUGCCGCCAGAAUUACUCGAGGAUAUGAAGUACAAGCCGCCUAAGAGAUUUCAGCCGAGCAACGCGUCGUGGAUUACGAAAAGACUGUACAAGUUUUUGGAGAGCAAAUUGGAGUCCAAAUACGACUACAAAGCCCGCGUGCGCGCCGAGAAGCUAGUGCAGACCAUAUACCACUUCGCCAAGGACCUGCGGCGCGUGCCUGUGGCGCCGGCGCCGGCGGUGGACGCGCUGAAACUAGAAAUGGCGCGGUUGGGUGUGGUCACCACGCAUUUUGACUUCUACCAGUUCUUCCACGAGUAUAUGCCGAGGGAGGUGCGGAUCAAGGUGGUGCCAGAUAUAGUGAACAAAAUAAGUGUGCCGCGACAUGGAGUGUUCUCGGACAUUAUAAGGGGGAACACAGUCCAAGGAUAGAAAAACUAUCAGAAGAAGAACUACCUCCGAUAUUUAAUUUAAGUGUGAUAUUAUGAGUUUACGAUUCAUUAAUGAAAUUAUGCUUUACGAGAUUA